AUGCCAUUGCACCGUGGCAAGAUGGCGGAUGAAUUUGUAGUUGCUACGGAAAAGUAUGGAUCGGGCAGCAGAGAGAGAAAAUAUAGAUUUUCUACCGAAAGUGGAAAUAUAGAAAGAAUAGGAAGGAAGAGAGAUUCUGCAGCUACCUCAGUGCAGCAGUUUUUCAAGGUAUGUCAGCUGUGUUGCAGAGAUUCCAACCCUCCCGAUUUGAUCGGGAGUCUCCCGAUUUGAUGUCUUGCCUCCCGCUCUCCCGAUUUUUACCAAAUUAUCCCGAUUUAUCAUAAAAUUCUGAAAAAGGGGCUAAUCUUUAGAAUUUUUGGCGAUCUGUCACAUUAGAAACCCCUUAUUGAGCAUUUGGUAUGUUAUAAUUCAGGCCGGAAUGAUGUCAAAAUUUGGAUGAGAGAACCUUUUAGAAUUUCCGGGGCAGGACAUUAGAAGCUCGCGCCUUUGGCACCUAAUAAGAUUUUCCAUCACAUGGGGUUGGAAUGCAAUUACAAAGGAGGCCCCAAUUUGCCAUUAGUCCCCAUUGAUUUAAGAUUAAGAGCCAAUUUGAUGCAGAUUUUAGAGUAGUAGGACAUUAGAAGCUCUCACCAAGAUCCCAUGAUUCCCAGAAAAAGUAUGAAAUACUGCAUGCAUGGUUACAAGGGGAUCAACAAGUUUAUUACCCAACGUUUCUCGGAGAAACAAGAACUUGGUCAAAAGAAAACAAGGCAGGCACCUGUGUUUUGAGCUCAUUUUAUUCCGAAUACUGGUAAGAAUAGGUAAGCAGAGGAUGACAGAAGGGGCAAUUUCCAUGAUGCAAAACUUACAGGGACAACAAAGAUUGUGCUAUGAACUGGUGGGAGGGUGGGACAGAAGGGGGGUGGGGGAGGGGAGGGGGGAGAGGGGGUGGGGAGGGGGGUGGGGAAGAGGAAGGUGAUUACUUAACCCUCUCCCAUUGCAGGCUGUAUGAAAUUUGUCAGGACAGUUGUUGGUGAAGGUAUGCACAACAUGAAAUAUUAGACAGGAGAUCUCAAAAAUUCUCAAAUAUGCUUUGAGCAGAAUUGUUGAGAGAAAUGAUGAAAGCUAAAUACUUAGUAUCAGGUUGAAAUCUCCGGGGAAAAAAAGCUUCACACAACAUAAUUUAAAUGUUGAUUAAUGUAUAUAAUGUGGAUAAGAGACUGGCUGUAUCUUUUGUAGUCUGCCUUUCUUCCACAAGGCUACCCAGACAGUGUCAGCAAAGAUUACUUGGAAUACCAAAUAUGGGAUACUAUGCAGGUAAUUCAGGCUAUCUGUUUUUGUUCAUCUAUCUCUCUUGCUCAUUAAUCCUUCCCUCUUCCAAAAUAACAAAAUAAAAUGUAAAUUGCCCUCUUUGGAGACAGUUCCCCUUAGUACUCCCAAACCAUCUCUUAACCUUUUAGCUCCCAAAAUAUGCUCCCCUCUAGCUAUUACACAUUUACUUGUAAAUUAUUACAAGAAUUUGAUGUUACAACUAGAUGACAACCUCUACCUGAUGAGUUUUUGUACUCUCAUUUACCUAUUUGCCGGAUAAGGUAUGGAUACUCUAAGGAGAAGUUACAUGUUAGUCACUUCUGGGAGUUUAUUGUUUAACUUUGCAAUAAGGUGGAUCAAUACCCAUGGUUGCUUCAUUAGCCAAGAAAAGAUGAUUGUUUCUGCUAUGGAAGGUCAAUAAAACACUGUAAUUCAUGUUUAAAGCUGUAAAGCAGAAAAAAAAUGGAUGCUGACUUGUGUUACCUGUAUGUUAGGCUUUUUGUUCUUCAAUAACUGGUACCCUUGCCACACAAGCCAUGUUGAAGGGUUAUGGUGUUGGGGAUGAAAAAGCUACAGCCCUUGCGGCAACUAUGACAUGGAUUUUAAGAAGUGAGAUAUUUAACAAUAAGUCAUAUUCCAGUUAGGAUGUUUGAUGAGAGUAGCAUGUAAGCUGGACACUUGAUACAAAUAUGCACCAGUGGCAUACCCUAUUUCAUCAGAGAUGACUUUUGUUAUGGUUCAUGUGUGGAAUUGUGCUUAACCCUUUGUCUCCAGAGAUCUGAUUGUUAAUUCUCCAUUCUAGCCACUAGAAAUCACCUUGUAAACUAGUUACAAGAAUUUGGUGUUAGAUCAAGAUAGCAGUUUCUACCUGACAUGUUUGAGUACUCUCAUUGCCUGUUUGCUGGAUAAUGUAUGGGUAUUAUAAGGAGAAAUAACAUGUUGAUCACUUCUUUUCCCUUCCCUCCUGUCUGCUCCUCCUCCUGUUUAUGGGAUAUGUUUCCUUUUUUUUCAUAUAUUUUGUGCACUGAAAGUGAACUUCUUUCCUAUAGAUUCAUAUGGUUGUUUUUAUAAGUUCUAUUGAAGAGAGAUUUGUGUAAUUUGAUAUAUUUUUAACUGUUUAUAUUUUAAUGUUGGCAUGGAUUUUUUUUCAGGUGGGACAGGCAUGGUGGGAAGCAUUCUAUUUGCAUGGUUCCAAGGGUAUGAAGACUUUGACUUUGUACAUGUUACCUUGGGAGAGCAAUGAAAAAGGACCUGAGUUACUCUUGUCAACUUCUCCCUUUGUCUUGCUAGGAAACUUAAGACAGCCUGACAUUCACCAGCAGUAUAUCAGCCCUAAGUUUGGGUGCUUCUUCCAGGCACCUCUCAAACUCAAGUUUUCUAUGUGGAAAGGGAACCAUUAUUAUAAUUGUAACAAGCUAUUUUUCACAUUAUGUUUAUGUUAUAUCCAUUUAGGAGUAAUUUGGAUUGUAAUGCCAAGAAAUGGAGGUAUGCCAUAUGAAAGGACAGACUAAUGGAAUUGCUGUUCUCUAAUAUAUAUAUUUUUUGCUUAAUCAGUAUGAUUUGUCUUUGGGAGAUGCAGCAUGAUCAGUGUGCUGGACUCUGGGUUGAGAGGUCUGGUUUCUAGCCCUGGCAGACUCACCCUUUUAUGUUGUUGGAGGUCACACUUUACUCUCAUUCCCAGUCCCUCUCUCCACCAAGGAGUAUAAAUGAAUAUGUUUGAAUUGUCAGCUAAGUGCUAAGAGAUAACCUUGGAUGGAUAAGCAUCUCAUCCAAAGGGAAGGGAGUAAACGUACUCAUGAUUGCUUGCCAUGAGAAAAUUAUAUUGAGCAAUUAUAGUGUGUGGGCUAUUUUGCUUCAAAUGUUUAACCAUGACUUAUAUGCAUAUUAUAAAUGAAUAUAAACCUUUUAGAUAUUUCAAAAUAAUGAAAAGUGCUGCUCUUAGGUAUAAGUUUUACUAAUUAAUGAUGAUAUUUUAAAUUAAUGGUUAUUUUUCAUAAUUUUGAGGAAGUCAUAAAAUUUUACAUUAUUUACAGAUUGUUUGCUGAUAUACUGAAUGACACAUCAAUUCUGAUAGAGAUGUUGGCACCAUUAUUUAAAACAUAUUUCACUUUUCUGGCAUGUUUAUCAAGUAUAUCAAAGGUAAUGAUCACAUUUGGUAAUAUUUUUUCUAUUAUCACUUCCUGUUAUGGCAAUGUCAGUAACAAUGUAAGCAGUUUUUGGUAAUCUCAUUUUUCUUUGUGAUGGGGUGUGGAAUUGGAACCCAGUCCAUUGUGGGUGUGGCAGGAGGUGCCACAAGAGCUGCUAUGACUCAGCACCAGGCUAGAAGGGACAAUAUGGCUGAUGUUGCUGCUAAAGAUGGAAGCCAGGUAACACAUUUUGUACUUGUAAAAGCCCUAUUGUUUUUAUACAAUCUUGUUAGCAAACUGUAGAAGAGGUAUCUUUGCAAUCCUGAAUUUAUUUUAAUUAUUUACUGGUUACUUAGUGAACAAUGUACUAUGAAUUAGUUUUAUUUUUUUAUAUAUAUAUAUAUAAUUGAAAGCAAAUUUACUAAUCUUAUGCUCAUUAUUCACCCAGGAAACUUUAGUAAAUUUGAUGGCACUAAUAGCUGGUCUGAUCAUCACACCUUUGGUCUCGGGAAACUUUCUGUAAGUGUACAAAAACUUAUCCUUACAAAAAUAAUAUAGUUGAAUCCCAAUUUCAUUUUUAGAGGAAUGAGUUCAUUCCUUCACUUUUUCCUACCACUCUAACAGAAUGACAAAUUUUGUUUGAGAGCUUUUGUAAUUUGUAACCAUCUAUCUUGGAUACCUAACGAGUUCAGUUGUGGCUGCUGAAAGUUGUAUGGAUGUCCAAACCCAACGACUUUUAUAAGUAUUGCCAGACUUUGCUUCUGUCAUGAUAUCAAAUGUUAAUUUCUCUGAGAAGUCAUGUUAGCGACUGAGAGGAACAGAGAGAAAUGUUUAUCCCUUUUACACCAUGAUAUUAAUAUUGAUAUUCUCCAUACUGUCAUCUUUGCAUUUCCUAUGGUUCUGACAAGGAGAAUUUGUUUUACAAUCACAAGCUUCUUUAGUUUGCAAUCAUUUUCCCUAUUUUCAUGACCUUAACAUUUGAUUCAGCAGCUGUACUUUUUACAAAAAUUAGAUCCUAGUCACUCCCAGGGGAUAAAGGCUUAUGAUAAUUAUUUAGAAACUUAAGUUCAUUCUUUCUUGUCAAUGGAUUAUAUAAAUUUUGGUAUUUCUUUUAACUUCAGCCUAACUUGGACUUUGUUCUUCAUCUUCACAUUUCUUCACCUUUACGCAAAUUUCCGAGCUGUGUCAUCUGUUGUCAUGGAAACAAUUAGUCUGUCUCGCCUGCACCUUCUCGUCACUGAGUUCCUGUCAACAGGGCACAUAAUGACUCCGCAGGAAGUGGGCAACAGGGAACCUGUUAUAUUUGGUAAAAUGUCUGCAAAAAAAUGUGAAUGCCAGGUCUACUAAUGAUUCUGUGAUUGUUCUAUGAAGUUUAACAUGAUAAUGAAAUAAGCAUGUUUCUAUAUUUCUCAGGUCGUAACACAGGGGAAUGUCUGAGAAUUCAUUUAGGGACAGAAUUUGUUUCUGUCAUAAAUAGGUAUAGUUACUUCUUUAUUUUUCAGACUUAAAAAUGGGAAUGUUAUAUUGUGUGGUUUGUUUAACUUGUCUUCUCUUCUGACAAACAAAACAUUGUUUUGUAUCUUUCAGUGUUAAUGAUCUUGAUGCUGCAUUACCAAACUCUGAAAGCACUAUGUAUAUUAUGAAACUGACAUUAAAUCAAGGAAGAAAUUCAGGUGAUUUUCCCUGACAUUCAAGCUUUUGUUUGUGCAAGAUUUGAGUAUCAUAAAUAGCCAGUAUGGCCACUAAUUUUCAAGCCAAAAAUUCAAGAUUUUAAUGUUGUUGUUUAUCCUAAAUCUUCUUUUCUAACUGCCAUUCUAAUCAAGGUGCUGUUCAUGUAGCAUUACAUGAAGAUUCCAAUGCCACAGAUCAUCUUCAGAGCUGUUUCCAAGCCUGUUCUCUUGAUUAUGUUAUACGCACAAAACCACAUAUCAAAAAGGUAAUUAUAUUUUGGCAUCACAUUAUGUUAGUUAGUACUCAUUCUGAGGCAAGAUUAUGGUCACAGAUUCUUAUCACAACUCUCAUUAGUAUAGUAUAAGGCAGGAUGCUCAGUCACAUAAGACUUGGUAUGUAGUGCAGGUUACCUUUAAGCUCCCUGUAGCUUAGUAGUAGAACAUCAGAGUAUGCAUCCAAAUGUCUGGGAUUCAACUCCUUGUAGGUGCACUCAAAGUUUUUCUUUUUACCUGUGACAAAGCCAAUGACAUCUUUCUUUUGAUGACCAAACUCAACCAUUGUUCUCAUUUUAUACAAUGACCAAGAAACUGCCAUCAAAAUUACCGAAAAUGUAAAAAGACUAUCCUGUCACAGGAGAAAAUGUAGGUGCCAAGAACUUUUCAAAUCAGACAAUCAACAUGUGCUAAUGUGAUUGCUUCUAUGAACAGUAGCAAGCUCUACAUGGUAGUAUUUUGUUAUGUACCAUUGUACAAUUAUUGUAUUGUACAUUUCAAAGGGGAACAAAUCUUAUUUUACCUGAAAUAUUUGCUCUAAAAGGUUUUUGGUGAUUCUGAUGGAGGUCAAAGAGCACUGGAGGCCUUACAUAAUUUUUGGUGGCAAGGUAGGCUCAUGAAAAUCCACUAAAAACUAUUUUGCAAUUCAUGAAAAUAAUAGUGAUAACUUUCAACUAUGACACAUGUUCACACCAUUAUUGUAUUGUUACAUUUACUUGUAACAUUAGAGGGUGAAAUGCAUUUAAUUUCUCAUGUUACUCUGUUACUUGAAGUUGGUAAUCAAUAACAGCAAUAACUUAGCUGAAAAUUAAUUUGACUAUCCUCAUGUGUCAUUUUAUUUUUAUUUGAUCUGCAUUAAAGAGUGAUGUUUUAAUCCUUACCAUGUGAUCUAUAUUUCAACAAUGUUUUCUUUAUAUGUUUACUGUGGGAGAAAAGAGGGGAAGAGGGAGGGGAUGGUAAAGUCCAAAGAGUGUUGUAUAUCAUUCUUUAGUUCACUUAACUCUGCAUCUGAUCCAAAACUAGCUGCAACUUGGAUUUGUAAUUUCUUGGUCUUAUCUUUUACUAGACAGAACUUUUAAGAUUGUCCUAAUCUUCUUAUUAUAAAUAUUAUCAUUAUUGCAGAAAGGAACCACCUGUCUGACUGCUCAUGGGAUUUAGUAGCACUAGCCCAUAAUUUUACUCUGCAGGCAUUCCCAGCGUUCCUCAAGGGUCUCGAAGAGGCUGGCUGGGUAACCUUACGGACACAUCUUGGCCCAGAUGAAUGGCGGGCUGUUUGGAAUGUGAGGGGAAUAGAAUUUAAGAAAAGUCUUUAACAGAAUAGUUACAAUUGUUUUCAAACCACCUGUUUGUGUCUGUUAACCAAAAAAAAUAUUGCUUUAUCUCUGUAUAAGUAGAUAGGGAAGUAUGUAAGGAAAUAAAGUAUUUAAUAUGUGGUUGGAAAAUUUAUGGAUAGUUUAAUUAGCAUGUA